ACCAGUGCGCUUCAAAGCGCAUGCCCGCUCCGAGCUCACUGGGCUAGUUUCUAUGGACUGCGCAGGAUGGCAGCGGGACCGCAGCUUCUUACUUUAUUUGUAUCGCUCAACUUUUUUAACUGCUACGGAAUAUCUCCCACGGUCAGUUCAGAGAAGCUGGAAUCCGAAACAUGUAGGCGGCAGGCGAUGACUUCUGGCAACAAGAUCUCAGGACCGGCCGGGGGAGUCACCUUCAGAUAUGAAAACUGCACUCUUAAUAGGAGUGGAAUUGGGAAACACGCCAUUGAUGGAGUGAAGAACGUCCACUUCAGCCAGGGGGCGUGUGAGGAGCAGGUGGCUGUGACUGUCCACUGGACCCCCAGCCCCCUCGGUAUUGAGCACGUCCGGAGCUUCCGGGUGAUCAUCGAGGAGAAGCAGCUGGAAGGGAAGCAAUGUCAGUACCUGAUUUUGAAAGACCCUCGUCAGCUGAACUACACCUUCCGGAGUGCGAAAAUUGAUUCUCAGCCAUUUUUGAAUCUGAAGUUUGAAACCGACUAUAUGGUAAUGAUUGUGCCGUAUCCUUCCUCCAAGAACGAAAGCAACUACCCCCCCUUCUUCUUCAAAACCAAAACUUGUGAAAUGCUGCUGCAGUCUGAUAAUCUCGCCUGCAAACCCUUCUGGAAGCCCAAGAGCCUGAAUAUUUCCCAGCAGGGCCCCAACCUGCAUGUGAGGUUUGACCAGGCUCCCUUUAGGUUUGGCUUCAGUCUGUAUUACCUGCAGUACAGGACGAGCGCCGGAGGCUCCUACAAGCAGAAGGCUUGCAGACCGGCAUACAGCACUGCCUUCACCACCUGUGUUCUCCAAGAUGUCACUCCAGGGUACUACACAAUUGAGCUUGCUGAUAACAACAACACCACAAGAAAGAGCGCUCAUUACAACGUGAAUCAAGUGCACUCCCUCUGGGCCGGGCCAAUCAGGGCAAUGGCUAUCACUGCCCCUCUGGUCAUCAUGUCUGCCUUCGCCACACUCUUCACUGUCAUGUGUCGCAAGAAACAACAAGAGAAUAUCUACUCCCAGCUGGAUGAGGAGAGCUCUGAGUCCUCUGCUCACACCUCCGCUCUGCACGUGGAGAGACCCUGGCCCCGGCCCAAAGUCUUUAUCUGCUACUCCAGCGAGGACGGGCCCAAGCACAGUACCGUCAUCCAGCACUUUGCAUACUUUCUGCAGGACUUAUGUGGGUGUGAGGUGGCCCUGGACCUGUGGGAGCACCUGGAGAUCUGUAAGGAGGGUCAGAUGGAGUGGCUGAGCCGGCAGAUCAGCGAGGCUCACUUCAUCAUUACCGUGUGCUCCAAGGGCAUGAAGUACUGCGUGGAGAAGCGCAGGAGCCGCCGAGGGGCAGGGGCUGGGCGCCAGCUCUUCGUGGUGGCCGUGUCUCUGAUUGCAGAGAAGCUGAGGCAGGCGCGGCAGAGCUCCCAGGACCUGGCCCCCUUCCUGGCGGUCUACUUCGACUACUCCCGCGAGAGCGACAUCCCCGCCGUGCUGGACCUGGCCACCAAGUACAAGCUGAUGGAGCAGCUGCCCCAGCUGUACUCCCGGCUGCACUCCCAGCACCUGAGCCUGCCCGAGCGCGAGCCCCAGCCCUGCGUCAGCAAGAGGAACUACUUCCGCAGCCAGGCCGGCCGCGCGCUCCACCUGGCCAUCUGCAACAUGCACCAGCUCAUAGAGCAGCAGCCCGACUGGUUCGAGAAGCAGCUGAUGCCAGCGCCCCCUCCCGCCUCCUCUCUGCUGCAGGAGCGUUUCGACUCGGGGCUGGGGCUGAACGAGGUGCUGGUCCGGCAGCCCGCAGAGAGCCCCUACCCCCUCGUCCAGAGCCUGGGGGCGCGGGGGGAGCUGGAGUCGACCGGGCCCCAGGACGGAUGCACUGUUCUAAGGCCGCUGCUCCACGCGCCUGAGUCCGGGGGCCCCUUUGAUAUGCCCAGGGACUCUGGGAUCUACGACUCCUCUUCAGUGCCCUCCUCCUCGCUCUCCAUCCCCCUGAUGGAAGGGCUCUCCACUGACCAGGCAGACACCUCCUCCAUCACAGGCAGCGUCUCCUCCUCCUCGGGGCUGGGCGAUGAGGAGCCCCCUGUUCUGAGCUCCACACACUCCUCGGUCUCCACAGUGUUUAAAGCCGAGCUCCACCACAGCCACUUACAAAGUGAAGGACUGCAGCCCGUCGCACCUCUGUAGUGUGGCACCGCCCUGGACUUGCAUUGCCACUUUACUGCCUGACCCACCACCCUCUUGGAGCAGAGAGAAGACAGCCGUCCUGCUUUGCACCCCCUACCAGGAGAGGCACUGCAGAAGCUGUGAACCCAACAGCCACUCGUUCAGUUCACUAGUUGAGCUUCACAAGCAGCUUGAAGAUACAGGAUAGCUCUCAUACAGGCUAGUCUAAGGUCUCAGGAGGUCUAGACUGCGUUGGCGGAGAAAAGGUGUUGAUCACAGACAGACAGGUGCUAGCUAAUACAACUUCAUGAAAACAAUGAAUGCACAGCGCCCCCUGUGGACCACCGUGGAAGUUAACAAUGUGCAUCACGUCGUAUGGCAGCUGGACGUACCUAAUUCAAGUGCGCUCCCUCCCUCCCUCUCUCUCUGUGACUGGUUCCUUUGCUCCCUCAAUGCGUGUCUCUAGUCCCCUUGUCGCUGCUUAACCACCUUGUGUCGUUGAAACUGAAAGGGAUCAUCUUGACCUCAGCAUUUUAUACUGAUCAAGGAUUGAAAAAGUGACGUAUUAAUAUAUACUUAAUGCUAUUCAUUUCAUUUUGAUAUAAAUGGGUUCAUAUAAUAAACUGAUGCCUCCUUUACUGCCACAUGUUGCUUUCAGGCACCGAACUAUUUGUUUUGCUGAUAUACAGUUGAUAUAUAUAUUUUUUUUUCUGUGACAUGCCCUGAGAGUUUGCUUUCUGACUACUCUGAUAAGAUGCAGCUGUGGGGGGAGCCAGAAACAAACACUUUGGGGUAGAUUACAGAAAAUUAAAUGUUUAAAGAAAAAUAGUCUGCUGCCUGAGAAGUGCGUAUUUGUGAAUAGAGAGUAAACCCUUUGACUCCUGGCCCCCCAGUGGCUGCAGUACAGCAGCUGUUCUGGAUCCAGGUACAGCGUGGCUCUGUUGUGACUGCUGCAUCACAGAUAGGGAGUCUACAGCACAAACACAACAGGGCUCAGAACUACCCUGUAUACCGGAAGGGGCUCCACAAUGAAAAGGGUUCAACGCUUUGGCUUAAUGUCAAGUUUACUCCCUAAACAAAUGAAGAAUACUUUAUACCCUCUAGAUUUACAUAAUAUAUCAUUUAUUAUCUGUAUUAGCCAGUGAUACACGUUCUUAAUCAUUAGUGAUUAGUGUUUCUGCACCUAUGGAUAUUGGUCAUGUUUAAUGAAGUCACAUCACCAUGUUUCACCUGUGUGGCACAGAGUAAUGAGGCCAGUUAGUAUAAGAAUGACUUCUAGGGGUGUGCACCGCUAAAUUAUUUUGUUCCAGAAAUGUCCAUAUUUGUCCCAGCGCAACUAAUUAUUGACAGUAUGAAUCAAGGUUCUGAAAUCACACUUCUUGCCUUAUUAGCUCUAAGCAACAUUAUUAUUAAUAUAUAUAAUAAUUAUAAUAAUAAUAAUAAUAUUUACAGAAUUCAGGAUAUAAAUCUGUUUCAAAUACAAGAUCUAGAAUGAACAGUUGCUGCCUUUUCCUGGUCCUGUGUAGGUCAGUUUUACUCCAGUGGUCUCUGCGUACCUGGAAGCAGUUUUUUUUUUGUUUAUUAUAUCUCAAGUUUAAGUAAAAUAAAAGCUGUCCCAAUGACAAAUCAAGUGAUAAGGUAGUUAGCAGUAAUGAGCAGUAGUGCAAACAGGCAGGAGGAAAACUGAUUGUAAACCCUUGAGAAGCAAACUUUAAAACAGGAGGUUCAGUGACAGUGCAGUGUUGCUGCAGGAUCAUGAAUCUCACAGACUGGCAAGCCCACUUUAUGAUCAUCACAGUAUAAGGAUUAGGACAGAGCCGACACCACCACAAAGCAUCUAGCUGUUAUUUUGGCUCGUCGGUGUAGCAGACGUGCUGUAUCAGAAGGAGAGGGGUGGAGGGGUGAAAUGGCAUCUGCUGUAGAUGUGACCCCAAUGUGAAAUGCAGGAUCUAGAUCCUGUUCCAAGGGGAAUGGCUGGGCGCUAAGAGACCAAAGCGGGUGUAUGUUCAUACAGCCUAGCUUUAACAUCGGCAUUAACAGAAUGGGUUCUUUCAGAUUAGCACAAUCCAAUUGUACGUUAUCGGGAUCCUGCUUGAAGUCGUGUUUUUUUUUUAACCUUUAUAUUGGUUUGACUGAUGUUUUAUAACGUGUCAGUCUUUUUAAAAGGCUGUAUGCUGUAUCUAUCCUGGACCAGGGCUAGGGCUGUAUGCUGUGUCUGUCCUGGACCAGUGCUAGGGCUGUAUGCUGUAUCUGUCCUGGAACAGGGCUUGGGCUGUAUACUGUAUCUAUACUGGACCAGGGCUAGGGCUGUAUGCUGUGUCUGUCCUGGACCAGUGCUAGGGCUGUAUGCUGUAUCUGUCCUGGAACAGGGCUUGGGCUGUAUACUGUAUCUAUACUGGACCAGGGCUAGGGCUGUAUGCUGUAUCUAUCCUGGACCAGGGCUUGGGCUGUAUACUGUAUCUAUACUGGACCAGGGCUAGGGCUGUAUGCUGUAUCUAUCCUGGACCAGGGCUAGGGCUGUAUGCUGUAUCUAUCCUGGACCAGGGCUUGGGAUGUAUACUGUAUCUAUCCUGGACCAGGGCUUGGGAGGUAUACUGUAUCUAUCCUGGACCAGGGCUUGGGCUGUAUACUGUAUCUAUCCUGGACCAGGGCUAGGGCUGUAUGCUGUAUAUAUCCUGGACCAGGGCUAGGGCUUUAUGCUGUAUCUAUCCUGGACCAGGGCUAGGGCUGUAUGCUGUAUCUAUCCUGGACCAGGGCUAGGGCUGUAUACUGUAUCUAUCCUGGACCAGGGCUAGGGCUGUAUGCUGUAUAUAUCCUGGACCAGGGCUAGUUCAAAUGUGCUGAAUAGUUGUUGCAUGUUUUUUUUCAUGUGCUUAUUAUUUUUUUUUGUGUGUGUAUGGUUUUAUUAUUUUAUUUAUUCUUUUUAGUACAGCUCUUUCUUAUAAUAGAUGCAUAUUUAUAAUGUAAUUCAUACUGCAAAAUUAACACUGGGGGUGGAGUUGAGAUCAAUUAGAACAAUCUUAUCCAUUACAUAUUGUUUAGAAAACUAAACUAAAGAUUUUAAACUUGAAUCAAGAAUACAAUUAUUCCUGAACACAAGCCUUUAACUCUUGAUUUAUACACUAUUGUGGAGGUAAAGAAGCCAGCAUCGCUCAAGAGCGUGUUUUUAUUAACCUCAAACUCUGUGUUACUUCUCAUUAAAAAUGAUUUCAGUAACAGAGUUAAAGCUUUCUCAACUGGACCCAAUUCAUGGCAGUGCGACAAGAUCCUUCUAUAUCCAUGUAAGAUUGCACUGCAGUGAGGUGGAGGUUUACAGCGAAGGUAGAGGGCAAUGGAUAGCAACUCGCGUUGAUCCACGAAAAUGGGCUGAUUUUAAUCCAAGGCUUCACUUUUCCAUAACUCCCAUUAACAUACAGCAGCAGCAUCAUGGGGUCUGUCCAAUUGAUCUAGACAGUAGCAGGUCUAAAUAUCGCCACAAACAUAAUUGAAACGUGAGAGCCAAGGUUCUGAAAACCGACCCUCUGAUAGUGAGGGGGUGCAUUUCUGUCUGUAUGGAAAUGACCCUCUGAUAGUGAGGGGGUGCAUUUCUGUCUGUAUGGAAAUGACCCUCUGAUAGUGAGGGGGUGCAUUUCUGUCUGUAUGGAAAUGACCCUCUGAUAGUGAGGGGGUGCAUUUCUGUCUGUAUGGAAAUGACCCUCUGAUAGUGAGGGGGUGCAUUUCUGUCUGUAUGGAAAUGACCCUCUGAUAGUCGG